UGCUAUGAAUUAGGUGUGUACAAAUUACGGACCUGUCUUUUCGAUUUAAAUAAUAAUAAUUUUCCUACCAGGAUAGGUAGUCCACCAACCAACUAUACACAAUCAAGGGUUUGCGCAUAGGUACUGAAGGAUGAUAUCUGGCACCGUUUGUUGGAUAUAUUUAUUCUUUACUUUUAAUGUUAUAAUACAAUUGCAGAGUCUUACAACAUGGGGAGACCAACAACUGUUUCCACCUAACAAGAUACCUGAUGAUGGAUUAAGCCCCCGACGAUCUGUAGUAAGACGUAAAAUCGUGUUGUACCACAAUUUUUUCCGCACGAAAGUUCGACCUACUUCUUCUAAUAUGCUUUUAAUGUCAUGGCAUCCACUUGCUGCUCAAAAGGCACAAAAAUACGCAGAACAGUGCAUUUUCCUAAGGCACAAUGACCCUAAAGAAAACGCGGUACCUUAUCUUGGCAAUUGUGGGCAGAAUCUCUUUGUAUCAACGCAUAAAACGCCUUGGUUCUUUGCGCUUAAGUCGUGGUUCCUGGAGUAUCAGAACUUCACUUAUGGAUUACCAGUUCGUGACCUGAAGGCUGUGGGGCAUUACACGCAGAUGGUUUGGGCCACGAGUCACAAGGUUGGCUGUGGAGUGACACAUUGUGCUGGUGGACCGUGGGGACAAUUUUAUAACUACGUGUGUCAUUAUUGCCCAGGAGGAAAUUACGACACCAUGCUCCAGUACCCCUAUAAAACGGGGAAACAAUGCAGUGACUGUCCAAACAACUGUAUCUCCGGCGCCCUCUGCACGAACUCUUGCCCUGUCAAAGACCUCUUUUCAAACUGCGACUCCUUGGCCAAAUUGCCUGGAGUUUGUAAGCAAGGAACGUGUAAUGCAACCUGUGUUUGUGGUGAUGAGAAAAUACACAAGAACUACCCCUGGUAGUAGG